UCACGUUUGUCAUCGACCAUCAUGAGCUUCAGAGCUGCUUCGUCCUCUCUACGAACACUGAGAAAUGCGAGGCGCUCGCUAAAUAUUGCAUCAGUAGCAUGUCGAGCAGCUGCAAGUCGACAUGCGUCGACAUUGGUGAAUGGAUGGGGACCGUCUGUUAGUUCUGCGAGUUCGUCACGGUUGACUGUACCGACCGUACAGAGGCAUACACCUAAACUAACACGAUCUAUGUUCAUCCAAACCGAAUCAACUCCCAAUGACGACUCACUCAAGUUUAUUCCUGGAGUGGACGUUAUGACCGAUGGCUCCGCCGAGUUCCUCGAUACGCGCUCCGCACUCGCUUCUCCUCUCGCAUUACGCCUUAUGGGUGUCGACGGCGUCCGUGCAGUCUUCUACGGACCUGACUUCGUGACAGUCUCGAAAGAACCAGACGUCUCGUGGUCCGUCAUCAAACCGGAGGUAUACUCCCUCCUCAUGGAACAUUUCUCUUCUGGCCAGCCGCUAUUUAGGAGUGAUGAGGAUAGAGACGCUGCAGGGCCACAGGAUACGAGAAUAUUGGAUACGGACUCGGAUACGGUUGCAAUGAUUAAGGAAUUGUUGCAGACACGGGUACGGCCAGCGAUCAUGGAAGAUGGUGGAGAUAUUGAGUAUUGUGAAUUCUCGGAUGACGGGAUAGUGAAACUCAAAUUAAAGGGCAGUUGCCGAGGCUGCUCGUCAAGUACAGUCACGCUCAAGACGGGUAUUGAACGUAUGAUGAUGCACUACAUACCCGAGGUGAAGGGCGUUGAACAAGUAGUGGACGAAGAAGAGAAAAUCGCUCUGGAGGAGUUCCAAAAGUUGGAAAAGCGGUUGCAUCCAGAACAGGAUCAAGAACAAAAGAAGGGAGAUUCUCCGAUGGCACAAUACAUGUCCGUUUAGAGUACACCGAAUUGCGAUGUAUUUCUUGCUCCCCUUGCAUUGUAUUUUACCACAUUUAAUCAUGAC